UCCACUUCCUCUCGUUCUUGUGUCCCCUUAUCUGCUGAAAAGGCACUGUGAUGACUGCGCGGCGCCAGGCGUCGACGACCUCUCUUUCUCGAUACCAGCGAAACAACACGCCCGAUUUCGCUGACCGUUCUUUGGACUUCUGCAAUGCGUUUUGGGGCACGAGCGAUGCUGGGGUGGAUGUACUCUUUGCGAGAAUGAGGGGGGCGAUCAGGACGAUGGAGGAGCUCAGGAACUUUUGGAAGGAGAGGGCUAUGAUAGAGGAGCAGUAUGCAAAACGUUUGGCCUCCUUAGCUAAGAUCACGCUCGGGAAGGAUGAGAUAGGCGAGUUGCGGAACUCGAUGGAGACCCUCCGGCUUGAGACGGAGAAACAGGCCAGCUUCCACAUGAACGUUGCGCAGCAGGUCAAGAACGAUCUCGAGUCCCCUGCAAACGCCCUCCUCAACCGUCAGCUGCACCAUAAGAAGACGUACCAGACUGCGAUUGAACGCGAAUUCAAGAUGAAGCAGCAGCAAGAGUCGCAUGUCAGCCGUGCGCGCGAAAAGUACGAGCAAGACUGCGUCCGCAUCAACUCGUACACCGCCCAGUCUACGAUCAUGCAGGGCAAGGAGCUCGAAAAAAUCCAGUCCAAGCUCGAUCGCGCGUACCAGACCAUAGGCGUAAACGAACAAGACUUCCAAAAGUUCACCCGCAUCCUGCAAGACACAACAGUCAAGUGGGAGCAAGAUUGGAAGGAUUUCUGCGAUCGCUGCCAAGAUCUUGAGGAAGAGCGGAUGGAGUUCAUGAAGGACAACAUGUGGGCGUACGCGAACACUGUGUCAACAGUCUGCGUGUCAGAUGAUGAAUCUUGCGAGCGUGUACGUCUUUCCCUGGAGCAAUUCGAGCCGGAAAAGGACAUGGAAACUUUCGUCUACAACUACGGCACGGGCAACGCCAUCCCCAGCCCACCUGUCUUCAUCAAUUACGCCAAACCCGAGACUAUCACUGCAUCUGCACAACGCCCGGGUAGCCGCCCUGCGAACUUCCAGCGCGUCACCGAACGGCCCCAUGACUUCUUCCCGCCGCCACAGCCCCUUGCCGACGAAGACCUCGAGCCGAGAGACAACACUGCUGGCAUCGGUGCAGGCGGUGGUAGGUCUGAUCCCGCUGCACAAAGCCAAUCUCGCCCUGCCAGCCGAGCUAGCUCGCGAAACCCGCCUCCGGCCCAAGCACAGUCCAUCAAUGCCGCCGGGCCUAAUGGCAGAAGUCUCAAUACCAACCGUGAUGCUGUACUGGCGGAUCCGAACGCAGAACCCAUCGCUGCGAAUGAACAGACCAUGCUCAAGGUCGGCGAUCGAGCAUAUCCGGUCGACCUGUCUAGCAACCCGCAGGAGCAACGUUCUGGAUCUGUCAAUGGUGGCGGUGUCCCGGGCCGAGUGGGACAAGACGACGAUCCGCUUGCACGGCAGAUGGAGGCACUCCGUGCGGGCAGUAUUCGUAGGAGCCAGCAAUCCAGCCCUCUGGAUCAGCAGCAGGCCCAGGCCCGACCCACACACCAGACUCGAGACAGCUCGUCGCAGCUGUCGCCGCCUCCUGGCGGCCGUGGUGGCGGUCCCCCGAAUAAGCGCGACUACCGUAUGUCUGCAGAGAUCGUGGUCGGAGGCCCUCCGCCAACGGCUUCUCGUCCUGCUUCGCCAAACCCGCCCACUGCCGUCCUUGCUAUGCCCCCACCUUCCGCCCAGCAACAAGACCAGACGGUCCAGAACGUUCUGGCAGACUAUGGCCAGUCCUUCCCCGGAGAGCGCAAGUCGAUCAGCAGACCUGGCAGCCGUGCUGGAAGUAUCAGCGGUCCUCAAGCUAUUCAGCCUCCGCAGCCACGACAUGCUAGCUCGGACAGCAUGACGGGAGUAGGAGCUCAAGGGCGCUCGCCGAGCCCCCAACCAUUCCACUCUCCAUCGCGCGCGCCGAGCCCCAUGCAGCAGUCGCACCAGCGCGGCGUCAGCCCUGCAGCUCAACGGAAUGUCAGUCCAGCCGUCCAGCCGAGCCAGCUCCCGCCUCAAGUUGGCUCGCAACCCGCCAACGUCCGGCGCAACAGCAUCCGCGCACCUCUUGGUGCAAUUGGCGGCGUCGCCACGCCAUUCGCUCAAGCAAACGGUACGCUCACAGGCCCUGGACACAACUCACGGCAAAACUCUAUAUCACAGCAGCCGCAACGCUCCGUUUCUCCGAACCCUGUUGGCAUCACUCUCGACCCCUCUGGCCGUGUCGUCGCCGACGAGCUCGCUGAGCGGUACAGAUACCAGCAGCCCCCUGCCGCCCCUCCCACCCAGCAGCCUUACCGGCAGCAACAGCAACAGCAACCGCAGCAACCUCAGCAACCGGUACGCCAAGGCAGUUAUCCCUCUCCGCAGGCGCCACUUCAGAACCCGUAUGGUCCGCCGCCUCCCGCACAAGCACCGAUGUAUAGCCAGUCAUACAUGCAGCAACCGCCACCGCCCCCUCCCCCGCACCAACAGAUGCCUCCACCGCCGCAACAGCAGCCCCAGUACGCACAGCAGUAUCCAGGCUACGGCCAGCAGCGGGCGCAGCAGGAUUACGGACGGGCGGCCAACGGUCCUGGGCGCACGCAGUCCAUCAGCUACGGCCAGCAGCCCCAGCAGCCACCGUAUGGGAACGGCGCCGCGCCGCAGUAUCCUUCGCAGAACUACGGUGUGCCCGACCCGAGUCGUGGGCCGUCGCCCCAGCCGCCUGCGCACUCGCAGCCCUCGCCGACUGGCGCGUACACCGACGACGGCCGCCCGGUCUUGUUCUACGUGACCGCGCUGUACGACUACCAGGCCGUCAUCGACGAGGAGUUCGAUUUCCAGGCGGGCGACGUCAUCGCUGUCACUGCGACGCCUGAGGACGGCUGGUGGAGCGGCGAGCUGCUCGACGAGGCCCGGAAGCAGCCCGGACGGCACGUCUUCCCCAGCAACUUUGUCCGCCUGCUGUGAUGUGGCUGUGCCCCACCCUGCGCACUGGCCGUGUGUGCCUGCCGGCGCUGCACCCGAUGCAAAGGCAUACUGACGAAUAAUGACUUUGCUACGCUCCUCGCUACAUCCUGUGUGUAUCACGUUGCGCGUGAACUUACGUUUAUAUCUUCUAGCUGCAUUUUGUCUGUGCUUUUAUUUGGUGGACCUUGUUUGUUCUACGUUCUAACUGCUCGUACUGCGUCGGCACGUACAUUUUAGUUAUUUAAGCCCGACUUGUCCAAUGUCAUUUUCA